AUGCCCAAGUUUGAAUUGAUGAAAGCUUCUUGCUUGAGAGGUGUUCGAGCCAACUCGCCCUGCCACGUAGGACCAAUGUUUCAUAACGUGCACUCUACAUCGAGAGUAAAUAUACGCCGUUUGAACACCGUCGCCAACGUGGCCGUAUAGCUCGCUCUUCACAUGGCCGACUGUUCUACAAAGUUGUCCUCUUCGCUGAUCAACCGUGCGUUCACACUGGCAAAACGGUUUCGAAUUAUUGUCCUUCAAAAUUAUUUCAGUCCUAUCUCCUAAUCCAUACUUGACCCUCCGCCGUUGACCAGCUAAAGGGUAAAUGGCUAUUUAUGUAACCCGUAAUUCCGUUAAUAUAAAAAAACUCGGCAGUUGUUUUUUAAGCGGAAGAGAUUCCUAAGAAUUUUGUCACGUGAACAUGAUGACCAUGACGUCGGCAAUGCGGUAACGCGUUUCUUUGACCGGUGAGAGGAAAAAAAGUUCAACCCAUAUACGUAAAAUGUCUGAUAUCCCUGGGAAAUAGGAAUAUUGUUCAUUUAAAUAUCGACGAUAACCAGUGCUGUUUCUUUCGAGCUUCGACGAGUCGUAAUUGGUACCUUCUUUCUCUAACUUUUGAUAUCACGUCGAAGGAAUAUUCCAACGGUCCCAGUCUUCUCUCUCUCUCUCUCUCUCUCUCUCUCCAUAUAAUAUAUAUAUGUAUAACUUCCUCGGACAAACCACGAUGAAUAUGUAUAUAUGUAUAACUUCCUCGAAGGAAUAAAUUCUGAUACGAUGAUGAAGUAGGUGACGAUAAAUAUGGCUGUGAUGCCAGGACAAACCACGUGCUCGUGCCCGUCGGCUGACGAGCUGGCAUCGGGGAUUCGACCCCUACUCAUCAUGAGAGUGUGCAUAACCCCCACCCAAUCGAUCUUUUAGGCCAUUACUUUACGUAGAUUACAUUUUCUGAAAGAAAUAAUUUCCCCUUACUGAAUGUGAUCUUGUAAACAUAACUAGUGGAAGACCAGUAUUUAUAGAUGUGUAUUAUAUCAUGUAUAAUAUUCUUAUUUAAUUUAACACUAGAUCAUGAUAAUAAGCUAUGGUGAAUAACCAUUAAGAGAGAAAAAAGGAAAUGUCGAUAAUUAAUUGCCGUAGAAGAAAGGGAAGGUAGAGAGAGCGUCAAUAAUUAAUUGUGGAACAGACCUUGAUGGUCGAUAUUUUACCAGAUCCAUCUGUGCGGAGAGCUAUGAACGUGAUUAAUGCAGGUACCCGUCUCCAUUUCGUCAUAGAUCUUUGUGGAACUUUUUUUUAGUUUGAUUUCCAGUUAGUAUCUUAGCUAGUAGAUGAUGAAGCAUUUAUGAUUUCCCGAUGGGUACAGAUUUUACCUUGAGGAAAUCCAAUUGCUUUGCCAUAUAUUUUCCUUCUGGGAGUCCAUUAAAGAGAUGUUUGGAAGAUCACACAUUUAGUUUAAUCGCAAUCUAAUUUCUCCACUUUUGGAUAAUCUUUCGACAGCUUUACUGUAUUAAUCAUUCAACGGGCCACCUCCAUCCGAGAUUAUAAAAGUAGUCCAUACGCGAAUCCCCUGUGAACCAAUCAAAGGAAGGCCCCUAUCUUCUCCAAUCUUCCUGGAAAUACCAAGACCAAACACUACGGAUUCGCCGCUACAGCCCAGAGGCUUCGGCUGGCCAGCAUCUUCAAAGGGGAAGCGGAGUAGAUCCUCAUGGCGAAGAGGGCCGAGGCCGAGGCCAAAUACCUCGGCGGCGUUGGCGUGGCGAGGCAGCGGCAGGCCAUCACCGACGGCUUGAAGGACAACAUCCCCAACUUGUCCCACACGGUCUCGGGCACCAGCGCCAAAGGAGGUGAUGGACCUGAUAAUGGUGACCUAGUACUUCGACACCAUCAAGGACCUCGGUGACUCCUCCAAGAACACCACGAUCUUCAUCCUCCACGGGCCCGGCCAUGUGAGGGACAUCACGGACCAGAUGCGCAAUGGCAUGAUGGAAGCUUCUACUCCAAUGUCAACCCUGCCGCGUCCGACAACUCGCCCCCUUGAACAAACUGAUCAGACUCUGAUUCCUUCCACUCUCACUUCUGAAAUAAGUAAAUGUCGCAGCCGGUUGUGCGUUGAUAAUGGAAACCUUGGUUAA